CAGGUCUAAAACCCAGAAAAAUGGGGUAUGGUCCCCAAUAUUCCGGAUUACGAAUUCCUCGAACUGUUGUAGCGGCCUUCGGGUAAAACGCCGGAGAAGACGAAAAUGACCGCCGGAUUACCAUUCACAGUCGCAGCUGCUCCAAAACCGUUCUUUCAGUUUCAGAUUACUCAUCAUAAUAAUAUCCGUUCAACCGAGACGCAUACUCGAAUUCAUAGCAUUCGAUCCCAAUUGGCUUACAGUUCUACGCCACUCCCCUUCUUCUCUGUGAGGAAGACUCACUCAAUUUCAGAUUCACCACUCUUUUCAUUGGCAUGUGCCUCUUCUUCACCUUCUCCUUCUCCCAGAAGAUACACGCCUUCAACCAGGCUCUACGUCAGUGGACUUUCAUUCCGGACCACUGAAGAGAGCUUGCGAAAUGCUUUCAAAAGCUUUGGCCAACUUGUAGAAGUCAAUUUGGUGAUGGAUAAAGUAGCCAAUAGACCAAGAGGAUUUGCCUUCCUCCGUUAUGCUACUGAAGAAGAAUCUCAAAAGGCUAUCGAGGGAAUGCACGGCAAGUUUCUGGAUGGCAGGGUGAUUUUUGUGGAAGUUGCAAAAUCCAGAUCGGAGCUUCGCCAAGGCCUCAAAGAAAACUCUAGCUAACGCUGCUAGUACAUAGGGAUCAUUGUUUCCCUCAAAAUUCACAUUCAUUUUUAAAGGAGCCGUUUAAAUAUAAAUAAUAUAUACAUGGACGGUCUCUGCAUUGUCGUUAUUGGUAUGAGAAAGCUUGAUCUUGAUUGUGUAUAAUUAUGAUGUAGUCAAAGUGUAUUUCAGGAACAGCGUUUUCUGUUGAAAUUAAUGAUAUUAAUAUUUGGGAUUGGUCAA